AUGGCUGUUGAAACAAAUGUAAACAAUGAUCGACCUGAAAAUGUUGUACCACAACUAAGCUCUAAUGAAGCAUCAACUCAAUACAGCGCGGGUGAUGAGUCAACUAAUAGCCCUAUUCAAGAAUCUCCGAAUAUGAAUAUUAUCAAUGAUGUGGAGGCGAGUACCAAUGUACCAUAUAAACUGGAAGGUCCUAAUGAAAUAAAUCAAGAUUCAAAUACUGAAUCUGAAUUAUACGCAACUCAGUCACCUACAGAAAAUAAUAUAUUAAACGUCAAUCCGAUUGUUGAUGGAAAACCGUCCGAAAGUCCACAGAAUGCUGAUAAGCCAUUCGUGUCAAAAACGCCCGAUUACGUUAUAGAUAUAACAACAUCAGUUUAUAGUGAAUCAUCGAAUGCUCCGGAAUCCAUCAUAACGAACGAACCAGUUGAUUCUGUAAAUGAAGUAACCACAUCUAAUGUUGACAAAAAUAGUGAUGUAGUAACAGAACAAUACGAAAACGUACAACCAGGAGUACCAGGAGAGGGGAGCUGUUUGAUAGAUUUUGUGACUUAUGCACACAAAGCUGAAGUUCCGAAAUCUAACCCGUGUCAUGAAAAAUGCGAGUGCUUAAAUAGUAUAGUCACGUGUACUUCUGUAAACUGUCCACCUGCGCCACCUCAACAUAGAAACUGUAUACCUUUACACCCAGGAAACGAAUCGUGGUGUUGCCCAACCUAUAUGUGUGAAGGAGGCAUAGAAGGAAUGUUGUUUGAUAGUCAUAAUCAACUUGGCUCUCCUCAGUUAAUAUCCACUGUGGUAUUAGAAGAUAAGCCUGGUGAAGUAAAUGAUGAAAAAACGCAUACUGACGAGGAAAUUUUAAGUACGUCUAAUCCUCAAAAUUCACAAGAAUACAACACUUUAGCACCAUCACAAUUGGAUUCGAACUCUAAUAUAAAUUCCGAAGAUAGUGUUGGUGUGACCGAAGUUCCAGCACAUACUGAAAUCCCAUAUAAACCUAUUGAAGAUGUUGUAUCUACAGAUGGUGAAAGCGAUGCACCAGUAACUGCUGUUAAUCUUGGAACAAUAGACAACACAAAACCUGUAAGUAGUGAUCCGUCAUCGGAAAACAUAAAACCAGCCGAUAGUGAUAAACCGGAAGAUUAUGAAAAACUGGAAGAAAACAAUAAACCAACUGAAAGUGAUCAACUAACAGAAAAUAAUAAACCCACUGAAAUUAAUCAAGAGAUUGAAAACAAAAAACCAAUCGAAAAUUCUGAAGCUGAUUUUACAACGACUUCUUACGUAACCGAUGACCAAUCAAUAACGAACAAACCAGAAACAAUAAAUAAUAUCGAAGAACAGAAUGUAUUAGCCAACACGGCCAAUGAAUCCGAAGACCAAUUACCAUCAACCCAAGUGCCAGAGAACUAUGAACCUGCAGUAACAAAUGUAAUUCCUGCUAGUGAUCAAAAUCAACCAGAACAAAACUCCGAAUCCGAUGUAUCGAUUGCUGCCACUACAUACAAGCCCAGUGAUUCUAUUUUAGAUCAGCAACAAGUGGAUACUGAUAACAAAGCAAGUGAAGGGGCUAAUAAUACAUCCAUCAAUGAAGAUUCCAACCAGAAACCUGCCAAUGAAGUAAUGGAUUUGCCCGUGAGUGAAGUUAAUCAAUUAGAAAUAGGAACUCAAAUGCCCACGGUUGUAGCAGAUGAAAAACCUAUGGUUUCCGAUAAUAACGUCGGUGGUUUAAGACCAACAAGUAUUGACGACAUCAUUUCAUCGGUUUACUUGGUCAAGGACGCGGUUAAAAACUCUUUAGAAACUUCAUCAAAACCUACAGAAACCUUGGACCAACAGCCUGGGUUAUUCGAAGACGACAAUCAACCAACAAUCGUGCCGGAAAAUUAUCCACAGUAUGAAUACACUAACGAACCUCCGACCACUGUGAGCAGUGUAAAUGGUGCACCAGAAUCACAACAAACAGAUGCAAUAAACGAAAUUUCACCAGAAAUUCCAACGGCUACAACGGAAUCAAACAUUUCGCCAUCGUCCGAAAACGUUGCGGACGGAGUGGCGGGAGCAACCCAAAUUCCAAACAUUUUGCCACAGUCUGAAGUAAAUUCCGCCGACCAAGGAGUAUCGACUGAUUUACCAUCUAACCAUCCUGGAGUUGAAACGGCAGUCGACGAUAAUAAAACUCCGUUAGAAUCUCCAACAACCCAACGAUUGCCGAGUUCCGGUGAGCAAGACUUGACAAACGACAAUGGACCGGAAACUCCUAGCGAUCCAAUUCUGCCACAUGUUCAGAACGCCGCCGAACCAAAUACCAACUCACCAUUACCGGAAUUAGCUGCGGUAGUCGACGACAACAAGACGCCCGAGAUCAGUUCACCGUCGUCCGAACAACAUGAGGUGCAUGUGGAAGAUACAGCGGUAGUAGGUAAGCCAGCCGCGGAAGAGAAACCAGAUGACGUGAAUAGUCAGAUUACGCCUGAUUCGGAUGUGCCAGCGGAAGUCCCGUCACAAGUAGCGGUGACCGGUCGGCCAGAAGCCAGUACUCCUGACAACAAUGACAAUAGGUUCAGCGAUCUGAGUAGCUCAUCGUUCCGUCCUCCUGUACAAGGAGGAAACGUCAACAACCACUACAAUGGACAUCCUCGACCGGAAACCGGUGGUGCUGUGCACAUACCUCUUGAUACGGAGACACCUGCUUUCAACCCUUCCACAAACGCUCCACUCGCGAAUUACCCCAAGAAGCCUUCGUACACGCCAAUCCCGCAAUCGACGUGGACUCAAAAACCAUUCCACCAAGAGUCUACAUCCGAAGCGACUUUACAACCAGAUCAAGGAUUCCCGGACGAGUACGAAGAUGAAAACGAAGCAUCUUACGGAUCAGGCACAUGCAGAUACGGUGGCAAGAUAUACGUGUCUGCCCAGCAAGUGCCCAGGGACGAUCCAUGCGAUUUCUGUUUCUGUUUCCGUGGCGAUAUAAUUUGCCUGCAACAGAGCUGCCCGCCACCCAUAUUCGGGUGUUACCAGGAGAACAUACAAGGUUUCUGUUGUCCACGUUACGAGUGUCCGGUGGCCCAAGCCACGUCCGUCAACGUGACCACGUCUACCACUUCAACUACGACCGUAGUGCCACCACAUUUCUUCGCCAACGCCUACCGGGGGGCGGCCAGGCGUACCGGAUGUCUUAUCCACGGACACGCUUACAGAGUGGGCGAAGACGUGGGAAUCGCUUCUGGUCCUUGUCUCGAGUGCAUAUGCGGUGCCGAUGGCAAGAUGAAAUGCGAUCCUAAGCCUUGCAGUCCGGAGCCUUUGCUCAGAAAAAUGAUGGCCGAAGCGAUCGACCAAAAGAGGAGGUGA